AUUGCAUAUUGUUUAUAUAGCGGCGACAACUAUUUAUGAAAUAUUUUUUUUAUUGUGUUUCUUAAUUUUGUUGGUGUAUAAAGAACUUAUUAAUCUAUUUAAAACGCAAAAAAAAAUUAUAAAUAAUAAAAAAUACAGAAAAAUGGGUGAUGGAUUGGAUCGUACUCUGCGUACAGAAUACGACCAAAUGCGUAUUCUGGACAUCUAUUCCGAUGCAGAAAUUUUAGAAAUAAAAGAAAAACGAGAAAAUUUUGAAAAUAAGAUCUCACAACCAUCCCGUGUAAUAAAAGACUAUGUCGAAUAUAUAAAAUAUGAACGAAGUUUGAUAGCAACGACCAAAGAGCGAAUCAAACAACAAAAAAUCACUAUGACUCAUUCGAUUUUAUUACAAAUUGCCGACCGCAUGAAGAAAUUGUAUGCAGAAGCUCUGUCCAAAUUCCCAAACAAUAUCCGCUUUUGGAAUGAAUAUAUCAAAUUCUUGCAGACAUUCAAAUACACCAAGGAUAUAUCUUCAACAUUUGAACGAAUGUUACAGUUCCAUUCGGAUAAAGUGGAUGCUUGGAAUCGUGCAAUUUUGUGGGAGUAUAAUGAGAAUUUCAAUGAUGAACACAUUAAAACGUUACAAUCACGUGCCCAGCAACUCCAUCCAGACUCUGAACAACUCUAUCUUACAUUCUUUCAAAUUGAAUUGGAGAAUAAGCGUCAAUCCGAUGAGCUGGAAGCAUUACAAAAUGCUGCUAUUAUUUACAGUAACAUCAAAAACAAAGUUACCAACAUUGAUUUUUACUUUGAGAUGCUGAACAUUGUCGAUAAAUUCAAGUAUGCCAACUCAAUUCAACAGACAAUAUUGAAUGAUAUGCGAGUGUUGUUUCCGAGUGAAGCACUUAUAAGGCAUAAAUUAGCACAGCGUGAAUUGAAUGGCCUGUCAACCGUUGAUUGUAAAAUGGACUUUACUGGUUUGAUAAAAAAGGAAGGCGGUGAAUGCAAUGGAGAAGACAGUAAAUCGAUGUUGUUGAGUUUGAAAAAGUUAAAAAUAGAAGAUCUAUCGGCUCCACCACAGCAUACGCUAAAAAAACGCAUUGAAUUAUCGAUUCAAACUUAUGAGGAAGCUAUCAAAGUGAUUAACACGGACACAAUGUGGAGCUAUUACAUUGAGACCAUGAUAGAAAUAAAUAAAGAUUUAUCCACACAUGCGCUAUUGAAGCGACAAGCCCUGCGAAAGGCGCUCGAUGGAGCCUAUGCAUCAAAUCAUAUGUCCGAAAAUCAUUAUUUACUGUACAUUCAACAAUUGUAUACAAACAAUCCACAAGACCAGAACAUUGAAAAUGUCUUAAAAAAGGCGACGCAAAUGUACGAAGGUUCAUUAAGCAUUUGGCUUCUAUGUUUGCGUUAUUACAUACAGGAUGAGAAUGGUUUUGCGAAGGUUCGAGAGAAUUUCAAAAAAGCCAAAAUUGCGCUCGGCCCAAGAGGUGCAGACAUAUGGGAAUUAUAUUUUUUAUAUUUGAAAACAUGGUAUACGCCUGAAGGAUUGAAGGGAAGAGCUCGCACAGAAGCUCGACGUCAAGCACAACAUGAAUUGGAUCGAUUCAUUUCUGAUUUGAAACAACAAACACAUGCUGCGUUCAAUCAACUGAAAGAUCAAGUCUUGGAUACUGUAGCAAAUACACCAAAUAUCCCCGAAUAAGAAUAAUUUAUCUUAUUUUUGAAAUAAUUAUUAAUUCACUAUAAUCAAUUUGAUGUACUGUCGACA